AUGACUCCCUCUGCCAGCCUGCUGCUGCUGCUCCUGCUCGGCCUCUCUCAGGCACUUCCUCUCCAGGAGGAAGGAGGUGAAGAAGAAGAAGAAGUCCCAGACACCGUGGACAUCAGCACCAGGAUUCUGAUGUCCAACAACGCCACUGAUGAGAUCCUGCUGGAAGGAGACCUGCUGGCUCCCACAACCAGAAACGCCAUGACGUGCUGGAACCAGCAGUGCCUGUGGAAGAAAGCCUCCAACGGCUUGGUGAUAAUCCCCUACACCGUGACCAGUCAGUUCACCAGAUGGGAGGUACAGAAGAUCCAAUACGCCAUGAAUUCCUUCCACAGCAGCACCUGCCUCCGCUUCGUCCCCCGUACAAAUCAGUACGACUACAUCAGCAUGGAGAAAAGAGCGGGAUGUUUCUCCUCUCUGGGCAGAACGGGAGGCAGACAGGUGCUCUCUCUCGGGCAGGGCUGCCUCUACCACGGCAUCAUCCAGCACGAGAUCAACCACGCUCUGGGCUUCCAGCACGAACAGACCAGGAGCGACCGCGACUACUACGUCAGGAUCAACUGGGGGAACAUCAACUCAAAUAUGGCCUUCAACUUCUACAGGCAUUCCACCAACAACCUGAACACUCCCUACGACUACUCCUCCGUCAUGCACUAUGGAAGAACAGCCUUCUCCAUCAACGGGAGGGACUCCAUCACCCCCAUCCCCGACCCCAACAUCCAGAUCGGCCAGAGGAAGGGCAUGUCUUACUGGGACAUCAAGAGGAUCAACCUGCUCUACAGAUGCUAAUAACAAUGCUGAUGAUAAAUAACAAAUUCCAACUGUUUCUGUUUUCAGUAAUUAACCAAGAGCUACUGUAACUAGUGGAAUCAAUGCUAAACAUUUCAGUUUCUUUCACCACAUUUUUUUCAAAUGUUCAAGCAACUGAAUAUUUGACUCCAUACAUGCCCUAAUAAUGUGUAAUAAAGG